AUGGCUUCAGAUAUCGAGAAGAUUCCUUCAGGCGAGCGGGAAGACGAUGCGCCAGAACUGGUCCAAGUCAAGAAGCGGCAAGUACCAGUAAAGUCGAACAGCGUGGCAAACAUCCCACAAACCACGCCUACUUCACGCGACGAUAACCAAGCCUCGCUGGCUUCUCGAGGACCAUCAAGAUACCGACCCGCCAAACGAACCCCGAGCGCACCUCCAGCCGUCACCUUUCAGCCUGCUCCAAUGAGAUUCCCUAUCAGCCGUAACGAGCAACACAGCGCCACGUGCGAUGUGUGUGAUCAGAGGAUUUUUGGCAGGAGACACAAAUGUCUGGACUGUGGGGAUUGGGACCACUGUGAUGAGUGUGUUGACAAAGCUCGUCGAAUGCAUCCUGCGCAUCAUCACUUCAUUGCGCUGGAUCAGCCUGUUGUGCCUUGGCCGGAGGAUGUGCUGGAUGCGACUGCUGAUGAGUAUUUGGAGUCGUUGCCUGACACUCAUCCGAAGGGGAAACUCCUGAAGAAAGGCCGCAAGACACAAUCAUCGACCAACGGGACAAACACGCCAUUACCACGCAAAACAGCUCCAGUGCCUCAACCACCCAUCGCAUACGCUGAAUCACCCGACUUUGUAGGAGACGUUCACCACCGAACAUUCUACGGGCCCGGUGGCAUCGACGAGGCAACACCAACAGAACUCCUCGACGAAGAACGCGUCAAGCUGAUCGUCCACUUCUUCAACAACUGCGACUGGGAACGAGCUGAGAAGUUCUUGAUCGGACACCUCGAUUCCCUCGCUGCACGUUCUGUGGAGACUCCCAUCGUACGACGUGUCCAGCAUCUCCUCGCCGUCUGCGCCUCCUUUCGCGGGGAAUGGGAUGAAGCGAUCACUCGCUUCAUCCGCGUCCUCAACACCCCAAUCACACGCAUCGCGGACAUCGACGACGGAGACUGCGCAGCUGCGCACUGGCUAGGUGAUUUGUACGCGAUGCAGAACCGCCGCGCUGAAGCAUUACUGGCCUACUCCAUCGCGGAAUGGAGCAGUCUAUACAACAGAUCAGACCCAUCCCUCCACAACGCUAUCCACGCAGAACAAACGGCAGUGCAGGUCGGAGUCUCGAAGGCAGAUUUCAAACACCACUGGUCCCUCGAGAACGAAUCCGCAGACCCCUCCUCAAUCCUCAACAAAAACAUCAUCUCCAUGCAAACCGCCAAGUCCAUCCUCGCCAACGCUACAGGAUCCGAUGACUCGUCUUCCUCCUUCUCCCCCUCUCGCCGCCGCAGUACAGGUCCAUCUCCACUUCGUCAAGACCGUUCUAGGGCUAGCUAUGUUCUGCCCAUCUGUGACUUUACGAGUUUCAAACUUUGGGACUCGGAGCUCAUGAAAUUGAGCCAUUGGUCCUUCGUCCCGACAUCUCCUUGGCCGAUGCCCUUUGAUCCACUAAUUAGUUUGGCGAAUAUUGAGAGGGGGAGGCUGUAUGAUUAUGAAUGCGAUAUGUUAUCCGUCUUCACUAGCAAUCCUGAUGCGAAGAUUCCACGGCUGGGGGGUUUGGGGCUUGAAGAGGGGGGCGGAGUGUUUUACGCAUCCUUCCUUGCCAUGGUAAGAAAGCCUCUCCUCCCUCGCUCAAUACCUUCGGUUGACUGA